AUGAGUUAAGAACAAGCAACAUAAGUGAGUGCCUAUUCAGCUUAUUAAAAUAAAUAACAUUAAUUAUGCUAUAGUUUAGAAACAAGUAACAGUAUGAGGAUUUUAAGAAGCAUUAAAAAAGGAAUAUCGGUAUCAAAAGUCUGUGAAGAAAAUUUAUUAAAUUUGAAUUCUAAUAUUGAUAGAUUAGAAAUAUCGAAAGAUGAUUAUUAUGAAACAACAACAUAAAUUUAAAGGGGAAAAAUGCCGACUAUUUAAUAAAUAAUAGGUCAAUUGCAAAGAAGAGUAACUCAAAUGUAAAAUCUUGCUUAGAUGAGAUUGGAAUAAAAUUCAAGUGAUAGUAGUGAGGAUUGGGUACCUGAUUUUAGAGAGGAGGAAGAAGAGAGUGAUUAUUUUGAAUAACAGUGA